CAAACGCAUCCAAUUUUUUCACUUCUUGUCCUCUUCUUCUUGUUCUUACACACUUCCACCAAGAAUCCGAGAAAAUUCUCAAGUAUUUUCUCAGCAACCAAACACUUGAUUUCCCAAUGGAUGAUUCCCAAUUAAACGCUUUCCUUCAAAACCCAGACACCCUUUUCGCCAAUCCCUCUAUUCCUAGGGUUUUUGACUGGGAAAAGAAUGACAUGGCCUUGAAUCAAGAUAAACCUAGUUCUGCCAUGGACGAAGAUGAAGAAGAAUCUUCGGUAGAUUCAAUGCUUUGUGACUCUAAUUCAAGGCUAAUCCCAUUUGGGUUUUCCAAAUCUAAUUGCACAGAUGAAGUUAUGAUGUUUAUAAAUGCUGGAGGUGAGGCUUUGAAUGAAGCAGAUUCCAGAAUGAAAUUUCUGGGGGAUAGUUACUUUGAAGGAGGAAAUGUUAUGCAGACAAAUGAGCAUAUAACUCAGGCUGGAGAUUGUCCAUUCAUUUAUCAGUCAGCGAGAUUCGGGAACUUCUGCUACCGAUUCAAUAAUUUUCCUCCUGGAGACUAUUUUGUUGAUCUUCAUUUUGCAGAGAUCAUAAAUACUAAUGGACCUAAAGGAAUGAGGGUAUUCAAUGUCUAUAUGCAGGAAGAGAAGGUACUAUCAGAUUUUGAUAUCUUCUCUGUUGUUGGAGCCAAUAAGCCUUUGCAAGUUGUUGAUUUGAGGGUCUCAGUGAAGGGGGAUGGGCUAAUUGCAUUGAGGUUUGAAGGAGUUAUUGGAGGCCCAAUUGUUUGCGGGAUUUGUGUCAGGAGAGCACAAAAUAUUCCAGAUCCUCAGGCGUCGCAAGAAUACCUUAAGUGCAACAACUGUGCUGCUGAUAUAGAAGUUUCCUCAGCUCAGAAGAAACUUAUGAGAACAAAAGUUACAGAUAAAUAUGAGAAGAAGAUACAAGAGCUCACUACACAGUGCCAGCUUAAGACACAUGAAUGCCAUGAGGCAUGGAUGUCAUUGACUUCUGCAAAUGAGCAGCUGGAGAAGGUUAGGAUGGAGCUUGACAACAAGAUCUUCCAAACUCGCACACUAGAUGAAACUGUGGGGAAACAAGCCGAAAAUUUGAAAAAUAUUACUAGCAGGUACGAGCAUGAUAAGAAGUAUUGGGCCGCAGCAGUCAAUGAUUUGCAAGAGAAAAUAAUGAUAAUGAAAAAUGAACAUGCUCAGCUCUCGCUUGAUGCACAUGCCUGUGCUGAGUCAAUACCCGAGUUGAAUAAAAUGGUCACUGGCGUUCAGGCAUUGGUUGCGCAGAGUGAGGAUCUCAAACUGAAGUACAGUGAGGAGCAAGCAAAGCGAAAGGAGCUCUAUAAUCAAAUUCAGGAAACAAAAGGUAAUAUCAGAGUCUUUUGCCGGUGCCGCCCACUAGGUAAAGAGGAGAUAUCGGCUGGUUGUGCUCUAGUUGUAGAUUUUGAUGCAGCAAAAGAUGGAGACCUUGGAAUUCUGACAGGUGGUUCCACCAAAAAGACAUUCAAGUUCGACCGAGUUUACACACCAAAAGACAAUCAAGUUGAUGUUUUUGCGGAUGCCUCGCCAUUGGUGACAUCAGUGCUAGAUGGCUACAAUGUCUGUAUUUUUGCUUACGGGCAAACAGGAACAGGAAAGACGUUCACAAUGGAGGGCACUGACCAGAACAGGGGAGUCAAUUAUAGAACCCUUGAGCAGUUGUUUCAAAUUGCCAAGGAAAGGAGUGAAACUUUUAUGUAUAACAUAUCUGUUAGUGUUCUUGAAGUAUAUAAUGAACAAAUUAGAGACUUGUUAUCUACAUCACCAACAUCAAAGAGAUUGGAGAUAAAGCAAUCUGCUGAAGGGUUCCAUCAUGUUCCAGGCAUCAUAGAAGCCAAGGUUGAUAACAUCAAGGAAGUUUGGAAUGUAUUGCAGAUUGGAAGCAAUUUGAGAGCUGUUGGAUCAACUAAUGUGAAUGAGCAUAGCAGCCGAUCCCACUGCAUACUUCGUAUAAUGGUAAAAUCAAAAAACUUGAUGACUGGUGACUGCACCAAGAGCAAUCUUUGGCUUGUGGAUUUGGCAGGCAGUGAGAGGCUUGCCAAAACUGAUGCACAAGGGGAGCGACUCAAGGAGGCUCAAAACAUCAAUAAGUCCCUUUCGGCUCUUGGGGAUGUAAUAUAUGCAUUAGCAACGAAAAGCAGUCACAUUCCAUACAGGAACUCAAAGUUAACACAUUUACUUCAAGAUUCAUUAGGGGGUGACUCCAAGACUUUGAUGUUUGUGCAAAUUAGCCCUUCGGAGCGGGACUUAAGUGAAACCUUGAGCUCAUUAAAUUUUGCAACUCGAGUUCGAGGGAUUGAGUUGGGUCCUGCUAAGAGGCAAGUUGAUACAAGUGAGCUCCAAAAGAUGAAAACAUUGCUUGACAAAGCAAGGCAGGAAGCUAGAUCCAAAGAUGAGUCUGUAAGGAAACUAGAAGAGAGCUUACAGAACGUAGAGAGUAAGGCCAAAGGUAGAGACCAGGUUUAUAAAACCCAACAAGAAAAGAUCAAAGAACUUGAAUGUCAACUGGAGCUGAAAACUAGCAUGCAGAACCAGUCAGAGGAGCAGGUCUCGCAACUUUCAGAUAGAUUGAAGGGGAGAGAGGAAAUCUGCACCGGUCUUCAACAAAAGGUCAAAGAAUUGGAGACCAAGCUUAAAGAGCGACAACCAUCAGAAUCCGCUAGUUACCAGCAAAAGGUUAACGAUCUUGAGAAUAAGCUGAAAGAGCAAGUGCAAGAAUCCGAGGCCUCUUCACUUGCCCUUCAACUCAAGAUUGAGGAGCUUGAGAGAAAGCUGAAAGAGCAAGAACAAAAACCGGAAUCCAUUUUGCUUCGUCAAAAGAUUAAGGAGCUAGAAGAUAGAUUGAGGGAGCAAGAACAACAAUUGCAAUGUGCACUAGCACGUGACUUUGGUGAUGUGAUGAGGGCCACUCCUAAUGAAGGAAAAUGCAGAAGAGAUGACGAGUUCAUGAGUGAGGCUGAACCUCAUAUCCUAAGGAGUUCAAACUCAACUAGUCGUCCCUUGAGUCAGGGGAAUAAGCAGCCAAGAGUUAGUGAUUCUCUCCAUGAGACAAGAAGGAAAAGGUAUUCUAGAAGUGGAGAAACAGAGAACAACAUGGUGAUAUCUGCUUCUUUGAAUGAUAAAAGAGCUAGAAAAUCUGAUCCACCUAAGAUUGCAAGGGUUGUGAGAACGGCAAAACCAGUUACCGGGCCGGCUCAAGGACCCUUGACUCACAAAAGGAUUAAUAGAGAUCAGGUCCAAGCAGCUAAGGAGAGAGAUACAAAGAAAAAGAUUUGGUCCAGAUAAUAUAACCAAAGAGGUCCACUAAUCUCUUUGUACAUCAUAGCCACACUUAUUUCAGAUGCUUCUUAGGAAUUUUUUUUUUAAAAAAAAUUUCAAGUAAACAGCUAUUUAUAUUACUUCAAAAAUGGAUGUAAAUAUUCUCUCAUAUUACUUAAAAAACAAUCAUCCGAUGGCUUGCCAAUAUGCUUACAUUUAGGGAUGCUUACAUUUAUCAACCAAU